AUGUCAUCAACAACACUGCAUUCACGGAACAGAAAAAAUAUUAAGAAAGGAGUGCAAUUUACAAUGAUGGUAGUUGGAGCCAGUGGAACAGGAAGAACAACAUUUAUUAAUACUCUUUGUAAUGCAAAUGUUAUGGAACACAAAGAAGUAGAUGACCCGACGAAUGCACAUUUAGAAGAUGAAAUAUCGAUUCGACCGGUAACAGUAGGUAAUAAUAAAGACAAGGUGAAAAGAAAAGAAUUAAUUGAGAGGAAAGAGCUUGAAGAGGAUGGAACACGUAUAUCAUUGACGAUUGUUGAUUGUCCGUCAUUUGGAGAUAGUAUUAAUAAUGAAACGCAUUUUCGAGAAAUUCUAGGAUACCUUGAACGACAAUAUGAUAAUAUAUUGGCAGAAGAAUCUAGGAUUAAACGUAAUCCACGUUUUCGGGAUAAUAGAGUACAUGUUUUACUGUAUUUUAUUAUACCUACGGGUCAUGGACUUCGUGAAAUUGAUAUUGAAUUAAUGCGCCGGUUAUCACCGAGAGUGAAUGUUAUUCCGGUGAUUGGAAAAGCGGAUACACUUACACAAGCAGAAUUAGUGGAAAAUAAAAAAUUAAUUAUGGAAGAUAUAGAUUAUUAUCGUAUUCCUAUAUACAAUUUUCCUUAUGAUAUUGAGGAAGAUGAUGAAGAAACAGUAGAAGAAAAUGCAGAAUUGCGUAGUUUAAUGCCAUUUGCUAUUGUUGGUAGUGAAGAUAUUAUCGAACAUAAUGGACGACGUAUAAGAGGACGACAAUAUCCAUGGGGAAUUGUCGAUGUUGAAAAUUCUACUCAUUCAGAUUUUUUAGCAAUACGCUCUGCACUUUUACGUACUCAUUUAUGUGAUUUAAAAGAAAUUACACAUGAUUUUCUUUAUGAAAAUUAUCGUACUGAAAAACUCAGCAGAUCUGCCGAUGUUUCUAAUGAUAUGACGAUUUGUCGUGAAGAUUUAGCAACUCAAUCUGUACGAUUAAAAGAAGAACAAUUACGUCGUGAAGAAGAAAAACUUCGAGAAAUUGAACUUAAAGUUCAAAGAGAAAUUAGUGAAAAACGUCAACAACUUCUUGCAAAAGAAGAAGCAUUACGUAGUCUUGAAGCACGACUUGCUGUUUCUUCACAAAAUGUCACAACUGAUACUUAA